CUGCCACCAGUCACACAGGUGCUCUCGCUGCAGUAAUACCCAGUUGGACUUUGCCCCUCCCCAGCUGCAGAGCCAGGAAAAAGAACACAAGACGAUUUCUACUUUGACCGAAAGGGGAAUGUGAGGGAGAGAGAGAGAGGAUCUGCAUAAUGAGCAGGGCCAUGCCAGCAAUCAAGCCCGAACUUGCAUGAUAAACUCCCAGCAAACCGCUGCACAGAGAGAGUUAAACGUGUUGCAGAGGAUAGAGGGAGGGAGCCCAGAGGCUGGCACUGCGAGGACUGAGCACAACAGACAGCCUCUGUUUCCCAGGGAAUCACUGAAGAGAAGUGUGCGGAAGACUCAGCUCAGCAGCUGGAGGAGACGCUGCUUGGUAUGGACGACUCAGGAUCUUGGUCUGAAGCUUCCAGUCCUGAAGCAUCCCUGCCUCCUUCAGGGAAGAAAGCCAAAGGCAAGGCUCCUCUUCCUCCUGGAGAAGCCAGGUACUCUGACAGCUUGCCAUCAUUUGAUUCAGCAGACACUGUACAGUACAACAUGGAUCAGAAGGAGAACAUCAUUGAUAGAGACAUUGAGCUAAAAGUAGUUCUUCCUGGGGACCGGCUCACAUCAACCAUCGUGAAUGGCAGCAAACCCAUGAUGGACCUCCUGGUAUUCCUAUGUGCACAGUACCAUUUAAACCCAUCUACCUACACAAUAGAUCUAAUCGCGGCCGAUAACAGUCAGCUUAAGUUCAAACCCAACACGCCCAUUGGAAUGCUGGAAGUGGAGAGCGUUGUUCUGAAGUCGAAAAAUCUGGAUGAUAAAACUAGAAAACCUGGUCCAACAGUGCCAGAGCAAACGGUUCGUCUGGUAAUAAACUACAAAAGAACUCAGAAGACAGUAAUGAGAGUCAGCCCUUUUAUUUCUCUACAAGAUCUCAUCCGCUCAAUCAGCAGUAAAUGUGAAUUUGAUCCUCGAACUACAGUGUUGCUACAUGACUACGAGUCACAAAAACCCCUAGACAUAACAAAGUCCCUGAAUGAUCUUGGCUUAAGGGAACUGUAUGCAAUGGAUCACAGCAAAGCUGCAUCUCCUACAGAGUUCAGGCCGCCACCUUUGCAGGAGUCUUACCAGAAUAUGGAAGUGAAACAUAAUGAAGACAAACGGUUCUUCAACUUUUUCCGUAGAAGUACUAAAAAGAAACGUGACCAGACUAACAGUGCCCCUGCUACUCCAUUGCUCAAUAAACCAAGGCCAUCAAAUAUAGUGAGAACGAACACUGUCUCAAAGUCCUAUGAUUCAAACACAAUGCCUUCCGAUGUUCCAAAGAAACGGAGAGCCCCACUGCCUCCUAUGUACCCGCCACAUAAUGCUGCAAAUGACACAACCCACGGGCAAAUUCGUACUUCAUCUUGUGUUGUAAAGUCUGUCAGUGUUGAUGAAACAGAGAGGACCCUACCAGGAUAUAACAGAUGUAGAACUGGCUCUUUUCAGCAUAGCAUGACCUCUUCAUAUGACUCUUCUUUGAGAAGGACAAAGCGGAAAGCCCCACUGCCACCAUCACCGCCUCCAAAAACACUGCAGGACAGUAACCAGGAGAAUGAUGAAACAAAACACCUAAAAACAUCUAAUGAUGAAAAAAGUAAUCACGUGACCUCUCCAGCAGUUGAUGUAAUAUCUGAGCCAGAGUUGCAGGAAAUUGAGAAAAAAGAGGAGUUAAAUUUUCGGCCCAAGGACGAAGCCAGUUCCACUUCUAAAGAAGACAAAAAUAAUUCUACCAAGGAAGAAACAAGUGGUUCUAUCAAGGAAGAAAAAAGUGACUUUGCCAAGGAAGAAACAAGUGGUUCUACCAAGGAAGAAACCAGUUUAUCUUCCGCUGAAGAACGUUCAGAUGCACAUACUGUAGCCGUUGAUACAGUUGUAACUUCUGAAACACAAACUUGUUCUGUGCUUUCUAAUGCAGUAAAUACAGUUAUGAUUUCAGAAGAUGAGAUAGCACAUAGCACGCAAGAGCAUUUCCUAAAAGAUGAAACUGUACCUGAAAGUACAACACUGGACUAUGACAAGGAUGGUGAAAGUGAAAUUAGUACCACAACCACUGGACCGGCGAACCAUGAAAUAUUUGAAAGUAAAGCAGUUGUUACGGAACAGACCUCCCAAGCCUUGCCAUGUGAGCAGCCUAAUGAAACUACAAAUCUUGUUUUCCAAAAGAAUAGCCACAUUAGUCAGACUGAAACGGAAGUGAAUUUGAAGCUUGCCAGCAUGGAAAAGGGAAAAACUCAGGAUUCAGCUGUUCAAACUGUAAAUUUUGACACUGAUGUGGAGAUAACUGCUGAAAAGGAAUUAGAAAAUUAUCAGGGUAAUUCUUAUUCAACAUCUGUGAGCAGCACUUCUAGUCUCCAGCAUGAACUUAAUGGUCACACAAGUCAGCAGAUACAAGUCUAUGAGCAGAAAACUUUGGCAACAGGAAUAGAACAAAAUAAAUUGGAAUUUGUCGACAGUCUCAGGGAAGAUGUGCAUACCCAAACAGUUCAGGAGAACAUUGUUGAAGGUCCACAAUCAAAAACAUUCCAGUUAUAUAGGCAGCAUUCCGACCCCAGGCCUAAGCCAUCCAAUGAACUCACAAGAGACUAUCUUCCCAAGAUUGGAAUGACUACUUACAAAAUUGUUCCACAGAGAUUGUAUGAUGUAGAAAGAUGUGUGGAGUCAGAAAGUUCACAGGAUGCACAAAGUUCUAUAUAUUCAAGUGUGAGUGAACAGUAUAAAAGUCAUACUGUUACAGAUAGCAAUAAUACAUCGUCUCUUGGUCCGAUUGGUGAAAAAAGUGAACUUUCAACAGUGGUGAAAAAUGGAAAUCACUCACCACAAGGGGCAAGCGUCAUCCCAGUCAGUACGAUUUCUAAAAAUAUUGCUGACCCAAGUCGGAAAGUCCACCUUGCAUUAGCAAGAAGUUCAUCCUCUGCUCCCAUCUUAAAAACGGAUAAUACAACUAUUCCUGAGAUCAAAACAAAGACAAAUCCUAUAAGCCCAGUUAAAGGUCCCAGUUCCUUCUACUUACAGAUGCAGAGGAGAGCUUCAAGCAUGUACGUGACCUCUGCUAUUGCCAAAUCAAAACCUUCAACUGUGGCUACAAACAGUACUGUUAAACUUAAAGAUCUAGGUAAUGAAGCUUCACAGAUAACUAUUAAAACCCUUCCCUCUAGAUAUAAUGUGUUAAAUCUAUCUUCUAGCUUAGAGGAAAAAAAACAGGAAGACUCAUCAAUGUUAGCAGAAAGACCUCGUGAGAUAAAAAAUGGUGAAAUUAUCGCAGAACCUGGAAACAUUAGUAGUGUACGGUCUUACGUUGAAAGAGAGUCUAAACAAAGCAAGGUAACAAAUGAGGUUCCUCCUUCUAAAGUUUCUGUAGAAUACAAGAAGCAUGUGUCAUUUGAAGAGAAUAAGCAAAAUGUUGACCACGUUCCAUCUAUGGAAGGGAAACUUUUUGAAGCCACAAAUAUGUUAUCUAAUGUCUCCUCUGCUGAGACUAGGUCUCAGGUGAGACAACACGAGUAUCAGACAGAAACUGUUUCAACAGCACCUAGCAAACCAGUGCGACCUGUGAGCUCUCCGACUGGUCAGUCUGCUCCAUUAAGCUUGCAAAAGUUAAGAACUUUUGCCACCCCGAGACCAUUUCUGGGUGCAAAUCCUACUUCUUUUACGCCUGCUGUUACAUCAGCAGUUAAACGGUCUCAGUCAUUCACUUCUGGUACCUCACCUAUCAAACAGCCAUUAAAUGUGGAUGCUCCUAUUGGAUGGUCUCCAGUUACUUCUCCAAGUGAGUCAAAGAACAGUUAUCCGCUCUUCACAGUACGUUCACAGGAACAGACCGAAAAUCAGACACUAACCCCUGAACUAAAAUACAGAGUGCAUAGUCCGCCUCCUGUUCCUGAAAAAAAGACUACCAUAUCUUUUCAAAGUUCUGACCCAGAACAGCUGCGCCAGAGUAUCAUGGCUGCCAUUCGUUCGGGAGAGGCUGCUGCCAACCUGAAAAGGAUCACUAUACGCUCAAACACUAUUGCUAUUAAUGGAAGACCUAGAAUUGGACAUCCAGUGUUCUCAGAAUCGCUACCCGAAAUCUAGAGUUUGUGCCAAAAAUCUUGCCUUUCCAUAUUACAUCAGCUGCAUAUACCAAGUUAUUAGUUAUACUGUAUGUUUAAGUGUUGUGCGUUAAAUUAAAGUAUCUAUUAAUAUAUUAAAAUAAUAUGCAAUAUUACAGUAUCUUUCAUAGGAAAGAUUAAGAAAAAAAAUGUUUGUAAGUAACUUAAAGUAAAUAUUUCACUGGAUCCUCUAGUGUGUUUUUUGUUUGUUUUUGUUUUGCUUUACCGCAUAAUGCUGAAUAAAAAAUACAAUGCACUUUGUACUAAGCAAAAUAAUAAUUAGAGGAUUCAGUGACGGUUUACUUUAAGUAUAUUAUGUGGCCUGCCAUUUUCUAUAAUCGUAGAUGUUUUUGUUCUAAUGACUGGUUAUCAAAAUCUAAAUAUAAUAUGAAACUUAGAGAUCGUUACAAAGAUCAAUAUUUGCUGUUAUUUGUAAAUUUAAAUUCUGCAAAGUUUUCUUUUUCUUUGAACAUGGUGUAAUAAUUCUUUAAAUAAUUUUGAAUCAUUUACUGUAUAUAACUGCCAUUAUUGCCUCAAUGUUGCAAAGAUAAUUUAAAUCUGCUACAAGCAGCAUACACCCGAAUUCCAAUUAAAAUGUUACUGUACCUGUUACGUGACCUUAAAUCUACUUUUUCAUUUUUUCAUGUGUAUUGUUGUUUUCUGACAGAUGUAAAGAAAAUUGUAAGCUUUAAUAAAUGUUUACUACUUUUAUAUUACCUUCAAGCCUAUCCGCAUACACAAAUUCACACUGUAUCCUCCACUUUAUAACUGAAUUUCUUCCACUGCCAAAUAAAAGAUUUUAGUUCUA